AUGCAAAAAGAGUGCAGCCUUGUUUCUAAGGAUAUGUUGAAUGAUUGCAUACUGGAUCUGCCAAUAGAGCAACAAGAAAUGGUUAAAACAAUUUUUAAUGCAGCAAAAUGUAAAAGCUCUAAAGGAAGAAGAUAUAGUCUAGAAUGGGUAUAUGAAUGCUUGUUAAUGCGUAUCAAGGGACCAAAAUUCUACAGAAAAAUGAGAAAAGAAAAUAAACUUGGAAGGUAUAUCAAAAAAUUGCAUACUGCUUAUGGAUUCCAAGAAAACACAUUUCAAGUCAUGAAAGAGAAAGCUCAAGACUUUAGUUUGGCAGAAAGACAUAGUUGUUUACUUCUGGAUGAAAUGCAAUUAGAAUCAGCUGUAAAAUUUCAACGCGAUAGUUUACAGUUUCAUGGUUUUGUUGACCUUGGUGCCCAUACUUCAAACAAAGAUUUGACAAAAAGAGGUGAUCAUGCACUUGUACUGAUGUAUCAACCAUUCCGUGGCAACUGGGUACAACCGAUUGGAGCAUUUCUUGGUGCAGGCGCUGUGAAUGGAAAAAUUCUAGAAAAAAUUGUUUUAGAAGCAAUCAUUCUUCUAGAAAGUAGUGGUUACUUUGUAGAUUUUAUCACAACAGAUGGUGCUACUUAG